UUCGCAGAUGGGAGUGUUGAGCGCCUGUUGUCGGAAAUUGACUUUUUAGUGUCUUAUGGUAUCAGCAAAGGAAUAACUCCUCCACGAAGUCCAAAACUAUGUAAGUACCUGUAGUAUGCUUAUUUAAGUCCAUUAUAAUUUUAAGAGUAGACCAUUAAUUAAGUUGCAAGACCCUCCUCCUCUUGACAAGCUGGAAGACUCUCUGGCUAAAGACAGACUGAAUGAGUAAUUAAAGUAUCUUAAAUAAAUGGCACAUUGCCAGUCAAUGGGUUCAUUGUAGAAGUACUAACCUUUUUACUUGCAAUAUCUCUAGGGGAGAGUCUUGUCACUAAAUGGACAUGGCGAUAAAUUGUGGACAUUAGGGGGCAGAGCUUAACUGCUUAAGUAUUAUAUAUUCUGCCUUCAUAAAUGUCUUGGUUUCCAUCAGUGGCUUAUACCACUUUUUUAACCACUCAGGAUUAUUUAUUGGAUGGUUGAACCCCCAUUCAUAAUUUCAUAAGAAUUUUUAGCUGGUCUGGGCAAACAGAAACGCUAGACAUCCGAAAAAUUUCAGUGUAAUUUAUUAUGUUUUGCUCGAUUGACCCAUCUGACCUUUGUGCAAAAAAUUAUAUACCCACUUUAACCUGUAUCUGAAGUCUUCAUGCCGACAAUGUUUAUAAACCAGACACAGUACUAAAAUGCGGUGCCCUGCAAAAAAAAUUUCUGGCGUUUCGCCUACAAGUAAACUUAUAUAAAAUAAUACGCUAGAUGGGGCCCCUAGAUUCCUCCUGUUGGCUAAUACAUGAAGUUUCUAGUGAGGGAAAAGUGAGCGCGCGAGGAGCCGAGGACCCACCAUCGAAUUUUUAUCGAAUUUCUAAAGCUUUUUCAUGUGACGUCUAAUGUUACGCUUACAUUUGUUUUGGACUUUGGCCACUGUCAGUUAUAUAUUUUUUAUAAAGUUUUCGUUUCUUAGUGUGAUAAAUCUGUGUAUAUAGUCUAUAUAAUGUGGUAAAUGCACCUAGCAGGUAUGACUUGACAGACUUGAUAUGAAAUCAGAUCUUAAUUUACCUGUAUGUCAAUGAGACGCACAUGUUUAAUAUCUGUCACCUCUGAUUGCCCUUUAACCCCUGGUCUUUGCUACUUCAAUAUAUAUUGCUUCUUGUCCUUCUUUUCAGUUCCAUUCACAGCUCACUAGUCGCUGCGAGUAAUCACUGUUCUUGAUAUAAUUUGUGCUCUUUACUGUGGUUCUAUUUGCUUUUAAUGCCCGCAGCAAUCCCUACCUUGCAGGUACCCUAGUUUAAUAUUUAGCACGCUACAUUCUUCUGUCGGCCGCUAGUUGGUCCGUACGUUAGGGUCGAAACUGCGUUUUAAAGCCUUCAAAAUAAAAUAUUUUGGGCUCAAAAUACUAUCAAAAUGAAGAGAAAAGUGAGACGAAUCCACUGGCAUACGGCCGAAAACGAGAAAAUCCAACAAUUCCGAAGUUAUCAAGGAUCAAACGGACUGCAUUUUUAAUUAGUUUAGUAAUUUUGAGCGAUUUGUAAACAAUACAAUUUCGCUUAUUAAAACUGGACAUUAAAAGCUUCAAAAUAUAAUAUUUUGUGCUCAAACUACUAACAAAAUAAAGAGAAAAGUGAGACGAAUCCACUGGUAUUCGGCCGAAAAAGUGAAAACCAACAAUACGAAAGUUAUCAAGGUCAAAUGUAUUGCACUUUUAAUUAGUUUAAUAAUUUUGAGCGAUUUGUGAACAAUACAAUUUCGCUUGUCUUUCAAAGGCCAUAAAUCGCUAGAAUACUGUAGUUUAGUAAUACAUUUGACAUCUGUGAGUAUAAUUUCUUACACUGAAUCGGUGGUAUUUUUGUCCUUAUUGGGCGCAUAAAACCAGAGAUAAGACGCAGCAAAAAGUCAAUCGUGAGAGUUCGAGUUGUAAUUCGAAAGAAAACUUUCCUCGAAAAAAGGAAUUCGGAAAACGUGAAGGAUUAUUUUGAGCGGCUUUUCUCUUUCAAAGGCGACAAAUACCUAGAAUAGAAGUCAAUUUUGAAAUCAAUUUUCCAUCCGUAAACACAACUUUUCACGCUGAUUCGAACAGUGGUAUUUUUGUCCUUGUUUGACGCAUAAAACCAAAGAUAAAGCUGAGCAAACUGUCGAUCAUCAUGAGUGUACACGAUUAAUAAUAAUUAAUAAAUUCCGAGCACGUGCAAGGAAUUUUUGGUAGGCGAUUAAGGAAACGUAUUGAUGCGAACAAACUAACAAACAAACAAACAAACAAACAAACAAACAAACAAACAAACAAACAAACAAACAAACAAACAAACAAACAAACAAACAAACAAACAAACAAACAAACAAACAAACAAACAAACAAACAAACAAACUAACAAACUCACAGGCAGAAUAUAAUGCGGUGCCAAAAAUGGCACGGGCACCGCAAUAUAUAAAAUUUUGUUGCCUAGAAACUAUAAGGCAUGUUUACAAAGCUCUUCUUUGGCAGAGGCAUCUUUAAAGCAUACAAAAUGGAGGAAUAUUUUGAAGAAGGACGACCAACUUUGGUUUGUUUAUGUUCAUGCACCUUUUAGGCAAGUUUCAGUGCCCGGUGUAGAAUUUCACGGUUAAAAUACAUCGAGAUUGCACCAAAAUUAUGUUAAAAUAUCAAGCCACGUAUUAAUCACAGAGAUUUCACAUGAAUGGUCCCUAGAAACACAUAUUGUAUUGACAAGCCAAACUAUAUCCAACAUUUUGCGUCCGUAGCUCAGAAGAGUAAGAAAAUCGGAAUUCGUCGUCGCUCGCUUGAGAUAUGUUGCCUAUUGCGCUAUAUAUUUUACUUUACGCUUGCUUUGAAGAUAAAUGUCGUGAUACCGAAUAAGAUUUCUAUAUCAUCAUAUUAUAAUGGGUCGUUCCAGAAAAGAUCCAGACUCCCCCCACGGAGGAAAUUUCUGCCGUCCGGAGGGGGAGGGGAGAAAAAAUUGUUUCUGAUAAUAGUAAAUGUAUUAGGACAUCCGAAGGGGGUAGGGGGGAGGGUUAACUUCCAAUUUCCUCCGUGGGGGUGGAAUGGAUGUUUUGUGGAAUGACCCAAUUUUUGCUAUAUAAAUCUCUAAUAUUAUGGUGGCCAUUUUGUUUACAAGUCCAAGCGGUUAAUGCGCAUGCAUGUCCACAAUUUCUCGCCAUGAUAAAUAUUUUCCCCAAUUUCUCUUGCUGACCCAUUGACUGGAAUUAUACAUUCUCUACUUUGCUAUUUUAUUCUCAUGCACGGUUUCAAGAAUCCCCCCUUGACAGGUAAAAUUAUCUGCAUGUCUUUCUAUAGACAGAGUAAAAGAAAAAAAUCUAGCACAUUGCCAACCAAUAAGUUAACAGAAAUACAGAAAUAUCGAUCUGCCAAACUCUCCUGCAAAGCCCCAGAAGGUCCAGAUUAAUUCACUUUUCCAGCGCUGUUAAUAUUAAUAAACAAAAUAUUUGUAUUGUUUGGCAGAUGUAAAAAUGGUACAUAUCAAGAUUGAAGAAGAUUUCCGCUAUAUUUCCAAGACCGAAGUCGUCAAAAAAAUGAUUGAACUAGUUCAUGAAUUGCAGGUAGGCCCCUAAUGAUCUAUUUUAGUGUAUCUACGCUAGCAUGUGUAUUCUUAUACUUCAGAAACACCACAAAGUCAAAGAUCCUUUCAGAUAGAUUGGUCUAAAUAAUUGUGUAUAAUGUUUCUUUUGUUUUUACUUUUUAGGACCAUGAAUGUCCAAAUUCCGUUUGUCAGAAACAAAUUGGCAAUCUUCCUGUCAUCCUGAUUGAUCAGGAAAGUAUAUAUCUCAUUGUUGGAAAACACGUUUUGCUGCGUGCCGAUGUUGGUAAAUAG